AUGACAGUUGCUCACAUGUGGUUUGAUGGACGCAUUGUGGAGGCAGACACCAGCGAUGACCAGUCAAAUGCCUCAUACUCCCGCAAUGACCCAACCUGGUUGGCCCUAGCCAGGAUUUCCAUGUUGUGUAACCGUGCAGAGUUCAAGGUUGGACAAGAGAAUGUUCCUGUUCUGAAGAGGGAAUGUAACGGAGAUGCAUCUGAGUCUGCCUUGCUGAAAUGUGUGGAGCUUUCUAUUGGAAAUGUCACUGAGUUUCGUCGCAGAAACAAGAAAAUUACUGAGAUACCAUUUAAUUCAACUAACAAGUACCAGGUCUCCAUUCACGAAACUGACGAUCCCAAUGACCCACGUUACCUUUUGGUGAUGAAGGGAGCCCCAGAAAGAAUCAUGGACCGUUGUUCAACGAUUCUCAUGCAUGGAAAGGAGCAGCCCCUUGAUGAUAAUUUCCGUGAGGCAUUUAAUGCUGCUUAUAUGGAGCUUGGAGGCCUAGGGGAGAGAGUCCUUGGCUUUUGUGACUACAUUUUGCCUGCUGAUGAGUUCCCUCCCAACUAUGAAUUUGACCCAGAAGGACCAAACUUUCCCCUCACGGGUCUGAGAUUUGUGGGUCUGAUGUCUAUGAUUGACCCACCCAGAGCAGCUGUUCCAGAUGCUGUUGGCAAGUGCAGAAGUGCUGGGAUUAAGGUUAUCAUGGUAACUGGUGAUCACCCGAUCACAGCCAAGGCUAUUGCUAAAGGUGUCGGCAUCAUCUCUGAGGGAAGCAGGACCGUGGAAGACAUUGCUGCUGAAAGAGGUGUUCCUGUUGAAGAGGUUGACCCAAGUCACUUUGUCAAUCACUUUGCCGUAAAAGUCAUUUGUAAAUCACCAUAUAAGAGGCUCAUUCAUAUG